AUGAGGAGGGACCUGCAGCAUUGGGACAGAGCUCUGAUGCUGGCUAAGAGACUGGCUGAGGACCAGAUACCGUUCAUAUCAAAGGAGUACGCUGUUCAGCUGGAGUUCAUAGGAGACUAUGUGAAUGCCCUGUCUCACUAUGAGAAAGGUAUGACCCACAACAACAAGGAGCAUGAUGAGGCAUGUCAGGGGGGUGUGGCCAGGAUGUCAAUCAGGAUGGGUGACAUCAGAAGAGGCGCGGCCCAGGCCAUCGCUCACCCGAGCAGAGUCCUGAAGAAAGACUGUGGAGUUAUACUGGAGAACAUGAAGCAGUUCUCUGAAGCAGCCCAGUUAUAUGAGAAGGGACAGUAUUAUGACAAGGCUGCUUCAGUCUACAUACGCUGCAAGAACUGGUCUAAAGUAGGAGAGUUACUUCCUCAGGUCUCAUCUCCUAAGAUCCACCUGCAGUACGCCAAGGCCAAGGAGAUGGACGGAAAGUUUAAGGAGGCUGCCCAGGCCUAUGAGAGUGCCAGAGACUGGGAUAAUGUGAUCCGGGUGUUGCUGGAACACCUCAACAACCCUGAAGACGCCGUCCGCAUUGUCAGAGAGACGCAGAGCAUCGACGGGGCCAAGAUGGUUGCCAGGUUCUUCCUGCGUCUCAGUGACUAUGGUUCAGCCAUCCAGUUCCUGGUGUUGUCCCACUGUAACGACGAGGCCUUCCAGUUGGCUCAGCAGCACGGGCAGAUGGACAGCUACGCAGACAUCAUCAGCUCUGAGGCCACCCAGGAGGACUACCAGAGUAUUGCUCUCUACUUCCAGGGGCAGAACAAACACCUCCAGGCUGGGAAGUUCUUCCACAAGUCUGGCCAGUACAGCAAAGCUCUGAAGCACUUCCUGAAAUGUCCCAACACUGAUGACAACCUGGCCAUCGAGAUGGCUAUAGAGACGGUGGGACAAGCCAAGGAUGAGUCUUUGACCAAUCAGCUGAUUGAUUACCUGAUGGGGGAGAGUGACGGCAUGCCCAAGGAUGCCAAGUAUCUGUUCCGUCUCUACAUGGGCCUGCUGCAGUACAGAGAGGCAGCAUGUACUGCAAUCAUCAUCGCUAGAGAGGAGCAGUCUGCAGGGAACUACCGUAACGCCCAUGACGUGCUGUUCAGCAUGUACACUGAGCUGCAGACACAGAAGAUCAGAAUCCCUGCUGAGAUGAACACCAACCUCAUGAUCCUCCACUCAUACAUACUGGUUAAGAUCCAUGUGAAGAGAGGGGAGCAUCUGAAAGCAGCUCGCAUGCUCAUCAGAGUCUCCAACAACAUCAGCAAAUUCCCCUCCCACAUCGUACCCAUCCUGACGUCAGCGGUGAUAGAGUGCCACCGGGCCGGUCUGAGGAACUCUUCCUUCAGUUUUGCUGCCAUGCUGAUGAGACCAGAGUACCGUCACAACAUAGACCCCAAGUACCGCAAGAAGAUAGAGACUAUGGUCCGUCGUCCAGACACCAGUGAGAUAGAAGAGGAGAACACUCCAUGUCCAUAUUGUGGUUUCAUGCUGCCCCAGUGUGAACUGAUCUGUCCUGGCUGCAAGAACAACCUGCCCUACUGCAUCGCCACGGGUCAUCACAUGCUGAAAGAGGAUUGGUCAGUUUGUCCUCACUGUGAAUUCCCUGCUCUCUACUCCCAGCUCAUCCUGCUGUUGGAGACAGAGAGUGUGUGUCCCAUGUGUUCCGAGACUCUGAGUGUGAACCAGGUGGAGAAGAUGGAUGACUGUUCCAGCUUCCUGCAUCCUGACCAAUCAGAGCACUGAUACAGAGAUCUCUGUGGUGAUGUGGCCCGGCGGUGUACUACAUAGAGGACUGCUGCUGAGGGGGAGGACGGAUGGUAAUAACGUCUGGAACGGACCAAUGGAAGCCAUGUGUUUGAUACCAUUUCACUCAUUCCUCUCAGGCCAUUACCACGAGCCCGUCCUCCCGAAUUAAGGAGCCACCAACCUCCUGUGAUAGGGGAUAGGGAGCCAGUGACGUCCUCCUCCAUGUUUCUCUUCCACCUGUUAAACUGUUCAUAUAGACAGCUGUAGACGUCCUCCUCCUCCAUGUUUCUCUCCACCUGUUAAACUGUUGAUAUAGACAGCUGUAGACGUCCUCCUCCUCCUCCAUGUUUUUCUACUACCUGUUAAACUGUUGAUGUCCUCCUCCAUGUUUCUCUACCUCCUGUUAAACUGUUGAUAUAGACAGCUGUAGACGUCCUCCUCCUCCAUGUUUCUCUCCACCUGUUAAACUGUUGAUAUAGACAGCUGUAGACGUCCUCCUCCUCCUCCAUGUUUCUCUACUACCUGUUAAACUGUUGAUGUCCUCCUCUGUGUUUCUCUACCUCCUGUUAAACUGUUGAUAUAGACAGCUGUAGACGUCCUCCUCCUCCAUGUUUCUCUACCACCUGUUAAACUGUUGAUAUAGACAGCUGUAGACGUCCUCCUCCUCCAUGUUUCUCUACCACCUGUUAAACUGUUGACAUAGACAGCUGUAGACGUCCUCCUCCUCCUCCUCCAUGUUUCUCUACCACCUGUUAAACUGUUGAUAUAGACAGCUGUAGACGUCCUCCUCCUCCAUGUUUCUCUACCUCCUGUUAAACUGUUUAUGUAGACGUCCUCCUCCAUGUUUCUCUACCACCUGUUAAACUGUUGAUAUAGACAGCUGUAGACGUCCUCCUCCUCCUCCAUGUUUCUCUACCUCCUGUUAAACUGUUUAUGUAGACGUCCUCCUCCUCCAUGUUUCUCUACCACCUGUUUAGCUGUUGAUAUAGACAGCUGUAGACGUCCUCCUCCAUGUUUCUCUACCACCUGUUAUAGACAGCUGUAGACGUCCUCCUCCUCCUCCAUGUUUCUCUUCCACCUGUUAAACUGUUGACAUAGACAGCUGUAGACGUCCUCCUCCUCCUCCAUGUUUCUCUACCUCCUGUUAAACUGUUUAUGUAGACGUCCUCCUCCUCCAUGUUUCUCUACCACCUGUUUAGCUGUUGAUAUAGACAGCUGUAGACGUCCUCCUCCAUGUUUCUCUACCACCUGUUAUAGACAGCUGUAGACGUCCUCCUCCUCCUCUAUGUUUCUCUUCCACCUGUUAAACUGUUGAUAUAGACAGCUGUAGACGUCCUCCUCCUCCUCCAUGUUUCUCUACCACCUGUUAAACUGUUGAUAUAGACAGCUGUAGACGUCCUCCUCCUCCAUGUUUCUCUACCAGCUGUUAAACUGUUGAUAUAGACAGCUGUAGACGUCCUCCUCCUCCUCCAUGUUUCUCUACCACCUGUUAUAGACAGCUGUAGACGUCCUCCUCCUCCUCCAUGUUUCUCUACCUCCUGUUAAACUGUUUAUGUAGACGUCCUCCUCCUCCAUGUUUCUCUACCACCUGUUAAACUGUUGAUAUAGACAGCUGUAGACGUCCUCCUCCUCCUCCAUGUUUCUCUACCUCCUGUUAAACUGUUUAUGUAGACGUCCUCCUCCUCCAUGUUUCUCUACCACCUGUUAAACUGUUGAUAUAGACAGCUGUAGACGUCCUCCUCCAUGUUUCUCUACCACCUGUUAUAGACAGCUGUAGACGUCCUCCUCCUCCAUGUUUCUCUACCACCUGUUAAACUGUUGAUAUAGACAGCUGUAGACGUCCUCCUCCUCCUCUUCCAUGUUUCUCUACCACCUGUUAUAGACAGCUGUAGACGUCCUCCUCCUCCAUGUUUCUCUACCUCCUUUUAAACUGUUUAUGUAGACGUCCUCCUCCUCCAUGUUUCUCUACCACCUGUUAAACUGUUGAUAUAGACAGCUGUAGACGUCUUCCUCCUCCUCCAUGUUUAUCUUCCACCUGUUAAACUGUUGAUAUAGACAGCUGUAGACGUCUUCCUCCUCCUCCAUGUUUCUCUACCACCUGUUAAACUGUUGAUAUAGACAGCUGUAGAUGUCCUCCUCCUCCAUGUUUCUCUACCACCUGUUAAACUGUUGAUAUAGACAGCUGUAGACGUCCUCCUCCUCCUCCAUGUUUCUCUACCUCCUGUUAAACUGUUUAUGUAGACGUCCUCCUCCUCCAUGUUUCUCUACCACCUGUUAAACUGUUGAUAUAGACAGCUGUAGACGUCCUCCUCCAUGUUUCUCUACCACCUGUUAUAGACAGCUGUAGACGUCCUCCUCCUCCAUGUUUCUCUACCUCAUGUUAAACUGUUUAUGUAGACGUCCUCCUCCUCCAUGUUUCUCUACCACCUGUUAAACUGUUGAUAUAGACAGCUGUAGACGUCCUCCUCCUCCUCCAUGUUUCUCUACCUCCUGUUAAACUGUUUAUGUAGACGUCCUCCUCCUCCAUGUUUCUCUACCACCUGUUAAACUGUUGAUAUAGACAGCUGUAGACGUCCUCCUCCAUGUUUCUCUACCACCUGUUAUAGACAGCUGUAGACAUCCUCCUCCUCCUCCAUGUUUCUCUACCACCUGUUAAACUGUUCAUAUAGACAGCUGUAGACGUCCUCCUCCAUGUUUCUCUACCACCUGUUAUAGACAGCUGUAGACGUCCUCCUCCUCCAUGUUUCUCUACCACCUGUUAAACUGUUGAUAUAGACAGCAGUAGACGUCCUCCUCCUCCAUGUUUCUCUACCACCUGUUAAACUGUUGAUAUAGACAGCUGUAGACCAUUUAGUUAUUUUUAACAUAAGCACUCUACAUAUCUGCAUUGAAGCUUGUUUUCCAUUAAUUCAUUCAUGUCGACGAUUUUAAAAAUGUGAAUAUUAAAUAUAUUUUUGCUCUUGUG